AUGAUAUUGAAGGUGAAAGAAUUCUGUGAAGCUGAACAAAAGAAUCAAGGUGUUUUAAUACCACUGAACAAUGUUCGGAAGAGAGUCGCCGCCAUAACAGGUGUGUCAGAGAAAACUAUAACAAGAAUUACAAAAGAAGCUCAGUGCACGCAUGUCGAACAUUUAGAGGAGGAAUAUUUAAAAAAUUACGGCCUUAUGGAUGAAGAGAUGGACCGAAUAAUUAUAUCUACGGCUCGUGAUACUGAAACAGAAUCUGAUUCAGUUUCCAGCCACUCUUCAGACAGUGAUGUUCCUAUGGCCACUGAUCACAAUUAUUCAAUAAAACUC